AGUAGUUCUGUCAUAAUCUGGUAAACAACAUUGAAGCCGUCAAUCCGUGGCAUUCUUUAUCUUUUCAGAAUGAAAUUUUUUAAUUAAAAAUUAAACCGAAAUUUAACGUGGCAUUACACUUUUGUAGUUUUAAUUUAAUUUAUUAAAAAUGUCGUCAUGGACAGAUCCACAAAACAUUUUCUUCUUUGGUUCAGCCUUUUUGGUGACAUUUCUUGUAGCGAUAUUCAUCUGCAUGAAGGCAAUAACGACACCCCAUCCGAUAAUUAAACGUCACAAAGAGGAGGAAUACUUUUUCAAUCCAAGGACCAAAGAAAAGGAAAAAUUUCCGACAAUCGAUUCGGAUCCGGAAAUUGAUUUCAGCAUCAUCGUACCGGCCUACGAUGAAGAGAAACGAUUGCCGCUAAUGCUUGACGAGGCAAUUGCAUUUUUAGAGAAAAAGAACUGUACGUACGAAGUCAUUGUAGUUAGCGAUGGCAGUAAUGAUGCAACAGUUUCAGUGGCACUGAAAUACUCCGAAUUGCAUGGCACCGGGAAGGUUAGAGUGUUGGAAUUGAUUGAAAAUCGUGGAAAAGGCGGAGCGGUUCGUUUGGGCAUUCAAUGUUCCCGUGGAAAGUACAUCUUGUUCGCCGAUGCCGAUGGAGCCACAAAAUUUGGUGACUUUAUCAAACUCGAAGCUGAAAUGACCCAACAAUGGACGGAAAAUGGUAUCGUCAUUGGUUCACGUGCCCAUCUAGAAGACGAUGCCAUUGCUACUCGCAGUUUUUUCCGCACAAUUCUAAUGCAUGGCUUUCAUUUUCUGGUCUGGUUGUUUGCCGUUCGUGGCGUUCGUGACACUCAGUGCGGUUUCAAAAUGUUUACUCGACGUACGGCAAGGGUGUUAUUCCAAAUAAUGCACGUGGAACGAUGGGCAUUCGAUGUGGAACUGUUAUACAUUGCGCAGGCGCUGCGGAUGCCAAUACGGGAAGUUGCCGUUAAUUGGACUGAAAUAGAUGGAUCGAAAGUAACGCCAUUCUGGUCAUGGUUACAAAUGGGAAGGGAUUUGUUUCUCAUUUGGUUUCGGUACACGAUUGGUGCGUGGUCACUGCAAAGGAAGCCACACCGAUCGUAAACGAGAAAUCGAACAUAAACCCGCACAGUGUUCUUGUAUUCGUUCCAUUUUCUAAUUUUGUUUUAGUAAUUUUGGAUUUUUCAAUCAUGAAUUUCAAUAAAAUGCGAGCCAUUCGUCGCAAUAUUAGUUUGCUAAA